AAAACAGAGUAGCUAUAUAAGGAGCUCAGAUUCGUCUUCUCCACUCGAAAACCCUACACUUCGGCCGCAGCUGCUCCUCAUCUACAGGUAGGUUUGUUUCUCCUUGAGCUCAGAGCAAUGGCUCCUGCUAAAGCUGACAGCACGAAGAAGAGUGAUCCAAAGGCCCAAGCCUUGAAGACUGCCAAGGCUGUGAAAUCCGGCCCUACUUUCAAGAAGAAGGCCAAGAAGAUCAGGACAUCAGUCACAUUUCAUAGGCCAAGGACAUUGAAGAAGGAAAGGAACCCCAAGUAUCCCCGCAUUAGUGCACCACCAAGAAACAAGUUGGACCAUUAUCAAAUUCUCAAGUAUCCAUUGACGACUGAGUCUGCAAUGAAGAAGAUUGAGGACAACAACACACUUGUUUUCAUUGUUGACAUCCGAGCUGAUAAGAAGAAGAUUAAAGAUGCAGUGAAGAAGAUGUACGACAUUCAGACCAAGAAAGUGAACACCUUGAUCAGGCCCGAUGGAACGAAGAAGGCAUAUGUUAGGUUGACACCAGACUAUGAUGCCUUGGAUGUGGCCAACAAGAUUGGGAUCAUCUAAAUUAAUGUUGUGUUAUCUUUUUAUAUUGAAGCCAAGUGAUUUCCGUUCUUGCUAUGACAGUUUUGUUAGUAUUGCGCUAUGUUAGUACUCCUGGAGUAGUUUGGUUUUCUUCAAUUUGUAUUUGAUACUAUAUUCAUCGUUUCCUUUUUCUUAUGGCAAUGGGAUGCGAUUAAAAUUUAGUUCGGUGUUAAUGCCUUAAUAUACACUGUCUUUUACCA